CAAAUCGUCGGCAACUUCUUCAACUUCCAACGGCGUCUACGGCUCAGUCAACGGUCAGUCGUCGUCUCCAAACAUGUAAUUAUACAGCUUUAUGACCGGUUCCACCGGUCAUCCAGUCAUUCUCUCAUUCAUCACCUCUACAUUGGCGGUUAGUAUUUAUGAUUAUUCACUCAAAAUUCAUUCGCUAAAACCUCCAACCUACACGAAUCAUGACGCAACGCUCACAAGUACCAAAGUUUGGCGAUUGGGAGAAUCAAGAUGAUGUUCCCUACACCGUCUACUUUGAGAAAGCGAAGAAAGGACGAAAAUCAAAGAUGACUCCACAAAUUUCUGAUCCGUCUUUAAACAACAACCAAUCAUUUCAGGCUCCAGAAGAAGCUCACAUCAGUUAUGAUGAAUCAAUACAGUCUGAACCAGAGAAACCAAAGGUUCAAGAUUCAUCAAGAACAAAACAUGAGACUCGUGUGAGCCGUGAAGAAGUUGACUUGAGAAAGUCAAGUGAUUCUUCUUCACAGCCCAGAAGGGUCUCAAGGCCGAGUGCUGGUUCUGUUCAGAGUUUUGAUAACUCACCGAUGCACCCACGCCACCAUGCAAGAGGCGGGAACAAGGCUAGUGUUUCGUCUGAAAGUAGCUAUGGUGCAGGUUCUUCGACUCCUGGAAGGCGUUUGGGACCAGUUACUCGUGGUGACGAAAACGUUGAUGAUGGCCCUGCAAUCCCAAAGUUUGGUGAUUGGGACGAUAACGAUCCUGCAUCAGCGGAAGGUUACACUGAAGUGUUCAACAAAGCCCGGCACGACAAACACGCAGGCGGAGGAAAGUCUCCGAUGAUAACAUCCGAGAACACUAAUUAUUUUGGUCAACGCAAAGAAAAGCCAAAGGUUUUUGGCUGCUUUCCAUGGGGCAGAAAAUGAUUAUUGGAAUAAAAGUGUUGGUGGGUGUAUAGUUUAUACAAAAGAACACUUAAUCUGUUAUAUGAGUUCUUAUUAUGGUUUCAAAUUAUAUUUUUUUAAAGUGUGUUAUAAAGGUUAAGAUCAAAGGUGUUUUAUAUGAUUUUGUAUGCAGUAUUGAUAUGAUAUGCUUGUUACAUUGAUAUUUA